AUUACGAUCAAAUCGUUCUAUAUACAUUGACCGUCAUUUAAAUGAGCUACUAUCUUUACCAAUGUGGAUCGAUAAUUCCGAUUGGAAAUAUUUAAUGUUACUUAAAAGUUGAAAAACCCAAACAGCACCAUAUUGAUAUACAAUUUGCUUGACAAAAAAGUUCCCACUUUGGAUCUAAAUUUCAAAACGGAUGUAUAAUGAGCAAUGACAUUGAUUAUAAUCCCACCAAUAAACAACAAAAACAAGUAAAAAGUUCACGAGUCUAAAAGGAGUCCUACAGAAGUUUGAUUCAACUUAUCUGCAAUAGAGUCAAGAUGGGAGAAGGUGGUCAUGUUAAAGAAAAAGGAGGAAUAAAAAAACGAGAGACGUGGAGUAAACGUUUUGACUUUUUGUUAGCAUGUAUAGGAUUUUCUGUUGGACUUGGUAAUGUUUGGCGCUUUCCUUAUUUGUGUUACAAGAACGGCGGGGGAGCUUUUAUGAUUCCGUACUUUAUAUGUUGCAUAGUGGGUGGAAUACCAUUGUUUUAUUUAGAAGUAUGCGUUGGGCAGUUCAUGGGCGUUGCUGGUCUAAAUGCAUGGAAAAUAUGUCCAAUAUUUCAAGGGAUAGGAAUAGCGUCAACCAUCAUCAUGUUUUUCUCCAAUACGUUUUUCAACGUAAUCAUGGCAUGGGCUUUCUACUAUUGGUUUAGUUCCUUUACAAGUGAAUUACCAUGGGCUAGCUGUGGUCACGAAUGGAACAAAAACUGCAAAGAUUAUACAAAAGAAGAUGGAAACUUUACAAAUUCAAGUCUGCAUAAUGAUGAAAUGGCAAACAUUACUAUUCCCUUUCUCUCUGCUUUGAAAAAUACAUCAAGCCAGCUAGUAUUGGAUCCGGUUACAGAAUUCUGGGAAAAUAAAGUCCUAGGAAUUUCAGAUGGUAUUGAUCAGCCUGGAGCUAUAAAAUGGGAUAUUUGUUUAUGCUUGUUAUUUGCAUGGAUUGCCGUAUAUCUAUGUAUAUGUAAAGGUAUAAAGUCUUCCGGAAAGGUUAUGUACUUCACAGCUACAACGCCUUAUCUCUUCAUGUUCAUCUUAUUGAUAAGGAACUCCAUGUUACCAGGAGCACUUGAUGGUGUCAUAUAUUACUUGAAGCCUAAUCUAAGUAAACUUUCCGACAUGCAGGUGUGGGUUGACGCUGGUUCUCAGAUAUUUUUCACCUAUUCUAUUGGAGUUGGUUCUCUCACAGUUCUUGGAAGUUUCAACAAGUUCAAACACAAUUCCUACAAAGACUGCAUCAUUUUCGCAUGUACAAAUACUGGGACCAGUUUAUUAGCUGGAUUAAUCAUCUUUACAAUUUUGGGUCACAUGGCCUUCGUACAAGAUACUUCCAUAGACAAAGUGGCGGAGUCAGGGCCUGGACUAGCUUUUAUAGCUUACCCUAAAGCCGUAUCGAUGAUGCCAGGUGCUCCAUUUUGGUCGGUUCUGUUUUUCUUUAUGGUGAUUCUACUUGGAUUUGAUAGCCAGUUCGUUGGUGUGGAGGCAGUUGUUACAGCAAUAGUGGAUCAAUGGCCAAGUGUUUUAAGACGGAAAUAUAGAAAGGAGGCUUUUACAGCGUUUAUUUGCUUCCUGAAUUUCUUACUUGGACUCUGUAUGGUGACACAUGGCGGUAUUUACGUGUUUGAGCUUUUCAACUUCUACUCUACGUGUAUCAUCAUACUGUUGAUUGGAUUUUUUGAGUGUGUUGCUGUUGCCUGGGUUUAUGGAGUCAGACGGUUCUAUGACAAUGUUGAAAUGAUGUUAGGGCACAGAAUCAAUCCAUACAUGGGUUUUUGCUGGACAUUUUUAUCGCCGAUGUUUUGUUUGGGCAUGUUCUUAAUGAGCAUUAUAAAUUAUUCAAACUUGGAGUACAAACGACCAUCUGGUGUUUACGAGUAUCCAGGCUGGGCAAUAGCUGUAGGAUGGAGUAUGGCCUCGUUUUCAGUCAUGUUUAUUCCACUCAUGAUACCUUUCAAUAUAUGGCGGUAUAAACUUAAUUUUCAGACUUUACAUUUACUUCUAAAACCCCAGGGAUUACAAGUCCAUCAACUAAGACCAAAGGAUAAAGGAGAAAAAAGUAUAGGGAAUUGUAAUGCCAAAUCGAAAUGCUGUGAUAACACGUGUGAAGAUCCAUUAGAUAAUCAUUAUGAAGGAGACAUCUUAGAAACUAAAUUAGCUCUACUGGAAAAUGGUACAAAUGUACAUAAUGGUAUUAAUGGUACCAAUGGUUUAAAAGUUUAGAAAGAGUUUAUGCAUCGAAUUUUUUAAAACUUCUUCAUAUAUGUGCCUUUUUUCGAUUUGAGCAAUUAUUUAUACAACGUGUACAGUUUUAGGUAUUAUGUGGGUGCUGUUAUAUCAUGAACAAACAAUUAACUUAUAAAGCAGACCUGAUGAACGUAUAAAACUAAUGACUAGUUUGGUGACUGCUUUAACUGAUAUUAGAUAGUUGACUUUUAACUGCACUCAUCUGUAUUUUAGUAUCUACAACCAUUUUUGUUAAUUUUUACUGCAUAUAUUCUACAUCAUAUUCAGAAUAAAUGUUAGUUUUUACUUUA